UGGGUGUAACCAACAUGUGAUACAGCAAGAGCUGAUGAGCCCUAUUCAGUAAGAUUAGCAAAUGAACAGAAAUAAAAGGUACAGAGUUGUGUUUUGGAUCAGAGCAGAGACUUUUGUUUCUGUUCUAAGAAAGUGAAACUCAGACAGUGAAACUCAGACAGUCGUUGCCACUGAGAGGUGAAAUGGCGCAGAAAGGAGUUCAGCUGGACCAGGAAACUAUUUCUUGUUCGAUCUGUCUGGAUCUACUGAAGGAUCCGGUGACUAUUCCCUGUGGACACAGCUACUGCAUGAACUGUAUUAAAAGCUUCUGGGAUCAAGAGGAUGAGAAGAACAUCCACAGCUGCCCUCAGUGCAGGCAGUUCUUUGUACCGAGGCCUGUCCUGGUGAAAAACAUCGUGUUAGCAGUUUUAGUGGAGGAACUGAAGAAGACCGGAUUCCAAGCUGCUCCUGUUGAUCACUGCUAUGCUGGACCUGAAGAUGUGGCCUGUGAUGACUGCACUGGGAGAAAACUGAAAGCCCUCAAGUCCUGCCUGGUCUGUCCGGCCUCUUACUGUGAGAAACACGUCCAGCCUCAUUACGAUGUGGCUCAGUUAAAGAAACACAAGCUGGUGGACCCCUCCAAGAAACUUCUGGAGAACAUCUGCUCUCGUCACGAUGAGGUGAUGAAGAUGUUCUGCCGUACUGAUCAGCAGUGUAUCUGUUAUCUCUGCUCUGUGGAUGAACAUAAAGGCCACGACACAGUCUCAGCUGCAGCAGAAAGGACUGAGAAGCAGAGAGAGCUCGAGGUGAGUCGACAAAACAUCCAGCAGAGAAUCCAGGACAGAGAGAAAGAUGUGAAGCUGCUCCAGCAGGAGGUGGAGGCGAUCGAUCGCUCUGCUGAUAAAGCAGUGGAGGACAGUGAGAAGAUCUUCACUGAGCUGAUCCGUCUCAUCCAGAAAAGAAGCUCUGAUGUGAAGCAGCAGGUCAGAUCCAAGCAGCAAACUGAAGUGAGUCGAGCCAAAGAGCUUCAGGAGAAGCUGGAGCAGGAGAUCACUGAGCUGAAGAGGAAAGACACUAGGCUGAAGCAGCUCUCAUACACAGAGGAUCACAACCAGUUUCUACACAGCUACCCGUCACUGUCACGACUCAGGGAGUCCACAGACUCAUCCAGCAUCAAUAUCCGUCCUCUGAGGUACUUUGAGGAUGUGACAUUGGCUCUGUCAGAGGUCAGAGAUAAACUACAGGACGUUCUGAGAGGGAAAUGGACAAACAUCUUGCAGACAGUGACUGAAGUGGAUGUUUUACUGUCAAAUUCACAAGCAGAGCCCAAGACCAGAGCUGGAUUCUUAAAAUAUUCAUGUCAAGUCACACUGGAUCCAAACACAGCAAACACAAGGGUGUUAUUAUCUGAGAGGAACAGAAAAGCAACAGGAAUAAAUGAACGACAGUCUUAUUCUAGUCACCCAGACAGAUUCACUAGAUGGUGUCAGGUCCUGAGUAGAGAGAGUCUGACUGGGCGUUGUUACUGGGAGGUGGAGUGGGAAGGGAAAGGAGUUUAUGUAGCAGUCGCAUACAAGAAUAUCAGCAGAGCAGGGGUCGGGAAUGAAUGUGCAUUUGGACAAAAUGACAAAUCUUGGGCGUUACAUUGUGACAUAAACAGUUAUAACUUUUGCUACAACAAUGUCCAAACUCCCGUCUCAGGUCCUCAGUCCUCCAGAGUAGGAGUGUACCUGGAUCACAGGGCAGGUAUUCUGUCCUUCUACAGCAUCUCUGAAACCAUGACUCUCCUCCACAGAGUCCAGACCACAUUCACUCAGCCUCUCUUUGCUGGACUUCGAAUUUUAGAUUUUGGAGUCACUGCUGAGUUCUGUAAACUCCAAUCAGCAGAAGUCAUGGAGGCUAUCGCUGCUCUGAGGGGAACAGAAGAGCGACAUUAAUGAGGGAACAACAGUCUUAUUCUAGUCACUAGAUGGCGUCAGGUCCUGAGUAGAGAGAGUCUGACUGGACGCUGUUACUGGGAGGUGGAGUGGAGCAGGAAAAGAGUUACAGUAGCAUACAAGAAAAUCAGCAGAGCAGGUUCCAUGAAUGAGUGCGCAUUUGGAUUCAAUGACAAGUCUUGGGUGUUAGAGUGUAACUGCAGCAGUAUUUACAAAUUCAUACAUAACAGCAUUAAAACUCCCGUCUCAGGCCCCUGGUCCUCCAGAGUAGGAGUGUACCUGGAUCACAGUGCAGGUAGUCUGUCCUUCUACAGCAUCUCUGAAACCACGACUCUCCUCCACAGAGUCCAGACCACAUUCACUCAGCCUCUCUAUGCUGGACUUUUCAUUCUAUUUUUUUUUUCACAAACAAACCCAAAAUGUGAAAUGCAUUUACUGUGCACCAGUUUGAAAGAGCUUCCAGACAGUUUUUAAAUCAGAUAUAAAAACUUUCAUGAAUUGGUUAUACAGUGCAGUCAGUAAGUAUUUGGACAGUACUUUCAUUAAGGGGAAGCUGCAGCUCCAGCCUACACCGCUUUACGACUGCAGAAAUCUUAAUGUUUUGUUUUUGUGACGUAUUAUUUUCAACUGUGGUAUUUGAUGUCUGUUUUGUUGUAUAGUUUUUCUGCUUAUUGUCUCUAUUAUUGAUUGCAGACAGAAAUACAUUUCAAAUUGUGUUAGCUUGUGUUAGCACUGUUGUACUCAAACAGUGACUGAUGUUAAUGUGCUGACUUUAUCAUGGUUUCAUUUGCUCCAUUUUCCCCUUUUUACAUAAUUUGAAUCCUUGUCCUCGGUUUAGUCUUUGUUCCAAUCAUAACUAACAUCACUGCAAAUCGGUUCUUUCUCACCUCUCCACAAGUCCUUCAUUCAAAAUAAGUAAAAGUACAGCAGUAUUAUCAUGAAAAUGUACUUCAAGUAUCAAAAAUAAAAGCAUUCUACA